AUGGCGAGGUGGACGGCGGAGGCAGGGUCGGCGCCGGCAGAAGGCGGCGAGGCGAGGCGGACGGCGGCCGGGCGCGACGGGGUGGCGCGGUCGCCGGAGUUGACGGCGCGGCGGCCGGAGUUGGCCGGCCUCGAGCAAGGCGGCGGCAGGACGCACGGGGGCGGGGCACUCGGGUCGCGGGGGCCUGCCCCGGGCUCCGCGGGCCGGCGCACCCUCGCCUCGCACCCUGGGCCCUUCCGCUGCGUCCGCCUCGUCUACAGCCGCAUGGGCGAGCGCCAAGCUGCGCUCAAGCGCUGGCUCCGUCUCCUCGCCGCCAAGGGCGUCCAGGAGCUCGUCCUCGUCAAUCGCCCGUGGCCGCGUGAGGUGCCCCUCCCCAGCACGCUCUUCACCCUCUCCACCCUUACCCGCCUCUACAUCGGCGUCUGGAAAUUCCCGGACGCGGCCGGCCUCCGCGGCGUCUCCUUCCCUCACCUCCGGGAGCUCGGCCUCUGCCUCGUCGAAGUGGAGAACGGGGACAUCGAUGCCGUCGUCGCCAGGAGCCCCGUCCUGGAGAUCCUCAACAUCCAAGGGAGUCUCAGGGGGAAAUGCCUCCGCCUCGUCAGCCAAAGCCUCCGAUGCGUCCAGGUCUGCACCUCCGUGACCGUGAUGGAGAGCAUCGAGGUGGUAAACGCCGCACGUCUGGAGCGGCUCAUCGUGUGCGAAGAUAUGAACCUCUCCGGCGUGUGCACCAGGGUGAAGAUUGGAAAUGCCCCCAAGCUGAAAUUGUUCGGGUACCUCGAGCCAGGGAAACAUACUCUAGAGAUCGGGGACACCGUGAUCAUGCCUGGAGUGGAGGCGAGCCCAAGCAUGAUGCUCACAACCGUCAAAAUUCUGAGUUUGCAUGUGUGUUUUGGAGUUCACAAAGACAUCAAGAUGAUGCCAGCCUUCCUCGGAUGCUUUCCCAAUGUCGAGUCGCUGCAUAUUACGUCUGCAAAAUGUGAUCAACCCACUGACAAGCUCAACCUCAAGUUCUGGGAAGAUGAGGCUGGCCCCAUCGUCAAUGUGCUGCUGCGCAUCAGGGUGAUGACAUUCAGGGAGUUCCGGGGGGAGCAAUAUGAGCUUUCAUUCCUUCGGUACUUCUUCAAGAGUACAUAUGCUUUAAAUCAAGCAGUCAUUUCGUUGGCCAAUCCAAGCUUCACUUCAAGGUCCGAGGAUGAGAUGAUAUCCAGUGUGGUGAAUAUGAGAAUUGGAAAUUUUGCCAGUGAAUUUGAGGUCCUUUUCUACGUGAGCACCGGUCCUGAGGGACUCAGUCGCUGGACCUUCAAGCGAGGGGCAAAGUUUUCUGAUGAUGACCCUUUUGCAACAGUUAAAAUCAUUCCAAGGCCCGGAGACCAGACGUCGCAAGCUUGUAAGUGUCACAACUGAGGUCUUUGACACGCGGUGCAUGGACGCAGGCAUACGCUGUCCCGAGAGCUAAGCUGAGUACCUGAUGGACUAUUGUGGUUCUGUAGUGAGUUGUGUAAUGAUGUUAAGUUGGCACACUGUUUUGCAUCAGAGGUCUGUAUUUAACUGUGGGUGGAGAUCACUCUCUAGUAACUGAGAAAGACAAGUCUGAGUUGGGAAGUUCAGGCAGAAGGAGCCGCUGGGUUAUUGGCAACUUAUUUCUCCAGUAAUUUUUUGCAUGCAAUUUGUGAAUGCUCUUUUGUAUUGAAUGGCUUGGGCGCAAGCGCAAUCGUGUUUUUGCUUCUUCUUUUUAGAAAUUCAA